AUGGGCUCCUCAGGACGCUCUCCUAACAAAGCAGUGGCCGCGCGUGCGGCGGGAUCCACCGUCUGGCAGAGGAAGAAUGCCAGCUGUGGGACAAGGAGCGCAGGCCGCACGACCUCCGCCGGCACCGGGGGCAUGUGGCGGUUCUACACCGAAGACUCCCCCGGGCUCAAAGUUGGCCCUGUUCCAGUGUUGGUUAUGAGUCUCCUGUUCAUCGCUUCCGUGUUUAUGUUGCACGUUUGGGGCACGUACACUCGUUCAUAGAUUCGGCUACACCCAUCUGUCAUCUGAAGAAGAAGGAAAAAAUCCCAACAUAUCUUGGACCAAAAGUACAGUGAUUUUUCAGUUCACGAGAAAGAAAUUUUCUGUAAGCUUAUUGUUUUACAGGGAGUGUAAGAAUUAAUGUUGAGAA